AGGCAUCAGAAACGGAGGCACAUCCGUAGUCUCGCUCGCAGUCCGAGGCCGCUGCUGCGGAGUAGGAGGAGCUGCCCCGCUCGCCCCCUCUUGCUUGCUUGCCUGCUAGCCAUGGGAGCAAUCAUCCUCUCGGAGGCAGCGACUCAGGGUGUGCCCAUCCAACCUUCCAUGAAUGCCGCCUCUGUGAGCUCGGAUGCCUCCAAAUCCAGCCAAUUCGGCUCAAUUGUGAAGAAUGGUGGAAGUUCGCUGGAGAGUGGAGCUGAGAAUGGGGUAGUCGACAACGGCGGCGGCGGCGGCAGCGUCGUCACCGGUGUAACAUCAGCCUCAGUGCGAGGUUGCCCUACGCUGGCCGAAUUUGAGAACCCUAAUUCGGAGGCGCAAGCCGUGCACCGUGGCAUGCUGGGGAAUCUGCACGCGGGAGGAGAGAAUGGCGUUGUCAAUGGAGUUGAGAAUGGUGUUGUCAAUGGAGUUGAGAAUGGUGUUGUCAAUGGAGUUGAGAAUGGUGGUUGUUGUGACCAGAAUGGUGCCCUUGUGCAUGAGGUGUCGCACCCUGCUGUUGUUGGGCUGCAGCCUGUAGCCUUGGUCGACCAUGUCGCCCGCGUGGAUUGGUCGUUGCUGGAAGCUGUUCCGGGUGAGCGAGGGGGAUCCAUGCGCGUCACGACGGAGGAGCUGGAUCAUAUCCUGCGCGAGGUGAAUUCUCAUUUUCUGAUGAGCACGACUGACGCUGCGGAGCAAAGAGUUAAAACCCUAGCCGGCGGGAGUGUGGCGAAUACCAUCAGGGGGUUGGCGCAUGGGUUGUGUGUGAAGACCGCGCUGGUUGGAGUUCGAGGCAUCGACGACAGAGGUCAAAUGUUUGCUGAAAAUAUGGCUCACGCCGGGGUGGACCUGUCUCGGCUGCGGGCUGUUCCGGGUAUGACAGCCCAGUGCGCUUGCCUUGUAGAUGCAGAGGGUAACCGAACCAUGCGGCCUUGUUUUCUCAACGCCGUUCGCCUUCAAGCGGAAGAGCUGACCGAGAAAGACUUCCAGGGUGCGAAGUGGGUAGUUCUUAACGGGUAUGGUUUUUAUGGGGAGGAACUUCUUGAGAAUGCAGUGGACUUGUGCAAGAAGGUUGGUGUGAAAGUAUCCAUGGAUCUAGCCAGCUUCGAGGUUGUGAGGAAUUUUCGUCCCACUCUCAUGAGAUUGCUAGAAUCCGGCAAAGUGGAUCUUGUUUUCGCCAACGAAGACGAAUCGAGGGAGCUUAUCAAGGCGGAAGCCAACCCAUGUCCCGAGAUCUGCUUGAAUUUCCUGUCGAAGUACUGUGAGAGGGCCGUGGUAAUGCUGGGCUCAAAGGGCUGCAUUGCUCGUCAUGGCACCGAGACUGUGAGAGUACCAGCUAUAGUGGAGACAACCACAGUCGACACCACUGGAGCGGGAGACUUGUUUGCAAGCGGAUUUUUGUAUGGAGUUCUAAACAACCUCUCUCUGGAAGACUGUUGUAAGAUGGGGUGCUGCACAGGAGGAGCAGUCGUUCGGGGUCUUGGAGGUGAGGUGGGUGAGGAAGGAUGGGAGUGGAUGCGACAACAGCUGAAGCUUAGGGGCCUUCCUUCCAUUGACCUCGCUUCCAGAGUCUCUUGAUCUUCCACCGAGUGAUUUUUUGAAUCUGACAUUCUUUCUUUUACUGAGAUGCCCAUUUUGGGCGGGAAUAUGAUUUUGAGAUAGUAUUCCAACGCUGCGACACACCCUUACACAUUCACACUUGAAACCUAGUCAGUUCUCUGCGAUUUAUGCUAAUGCCAAAGCUUUUCAAAUGUAUGACUCAGUACCGGUCUCCACUCUUACCACGAGGAUCAAGACAUUUAGGAUCCUGCGAGGUGUCAAUGUAUGACAUUGUUAUUCAUUUCUUCUUAAUACUGAUCCCGUUACCUGCACUCCGCAGUUGGGCAUGGAAUGUGCAUUGAUUGCGAGCAA